AUGGCUACACAGGUGUUGAUUGCCCAUACGGGCCAGCGGCUGGAGGUCGAUAUCACGCAGUUCUCCAGUCUUGACGACUUGAAGUCGUGGGUAGCUCGGAAUAGCGCCGUGUCGUUGCAGCAUAUCGUUGUCUUGACCCCCCAGGGCCGCAGCGUCAAGUUGGCAAACCUUCACACCGAGAAGGAGAUAUACGUCUACGAUAUCCGUGUCACGCAGCCGUCCGCUGGCAGUGCGUCAUCGCUCAUCUCCGAGGCCUCGCUGCCUCGGCGCCAGUCCAUCCCCAACGCCCCGAAUUCGAUCGACGAUAUCCAAGCAAUCACGUCAUGGCAGGAAUUAUGCAAGGAGCGUCGCAAUUGGGCGACGCGUAUCAUGGAGGACUGCGACCAAUUGAACGCGGCUGCGCAGGCCCGAUACGAUGAGAUAGACGUCAUGAUCAGGUGCCUGGAUGCUGCCGUCACCAAUGUCGAGAUAAGCGUCAAACAAAUUGAGCCAAAGUACAACGAACUGAAGAAAUGGGUUACGCCGGCCCUGUCGGAGCACGAGCAGCUGGUUUCAUCCUGGGAUCGUUAUCUUGAUCUAGCCCGGAGCAUACCGAUAUCUUCAGGCUUGGUUAAAUUCAUGACCCGCGGCCAAGUGAACAAGGCCGACCCCACACUGGAGGAUCUAAUCGAGUUGGAAACGGCCAACAAGGCCGGCAAGUUGGCUCCUACGGCGCAUCGGCGGUUCAGCCAAAAGGCCAGCGAGCUAGAUGGAGCCGCGACCCAGAUGUACCAAGGCACCGAUUCUUCGCAGCUCAUGGAGGAUAUCGAGGCGGUGGCCAAACAAAUCGAUUCAGAUUACCGUACAGCCCUCAAUUAUGGCAAUUCACAGCGAGACUUAGCUCAGGCUUCAAAGACGGCCUCGAUUCACACCGAAAGACUUGUCCCAACCCUCCGAAAACGAGCAAAGGAGAUGGAUGAAAUGGCUCAGUAUGCGACACAAGCGCGAAAUGCCAUUGCGGCGGAUUCUGUAAGCUUUAUGCGGAACAUUACGGAAAUCACCUCCCUGCACAGCAGUGUCAGAAACCAAAUCAACGUCCUGAAUCAAUCCGAAGAUGACAUGACAACCUUUGACUACCUGCGACUCAUCCAGCAGCUGCCAUAUAUGUACGCCUCCUUCAUGGUCGAGGCCAUCCGAAGGCGAGAGUGGAUCGACAAAGUCAAAGCUGACUCUUCAACGCUUGCCAACGAGAUGGCCUUAUUCCAGGACGAAGAAUCGAAGCGUCGUAAGAAGUGGCAAAAGAUGGUUGGCAGCAUGUAUGGGCCAGGACUCGAUACCAAUGUUAUGGGUCUCGAGGUCAACCUGCGGGGUGAAGAUAUUCCCUGGCCCUCCAUUGGGAAGCCCGAGUUGGAAGAGUUUCUUCAACUGCUGCAGGAGCGAAAUACGGACCAAGAGAUCGUGAAUGAUGUUGCCAAGCUCCUCCAAGAGCUCUCUGCCCCCACCAAACAGCAAACCAAGAGACUCAAGGCAUUCAAGAACGGCAGCGUGCACGAGGCAGCUCUGGGGAGAAGUGGGCUCUUAAUUCGCGGCGAUGACGACCUCAUUGGCUCUCUACAAGAUGAAAAGCUCAGGCUGGAAAACAAGCUCAAGACAGCCGACAGCAGACUGUCGCAGCGGAUAGCGCAGUUGGAGAACGAGCUUCGCGAAGAAAAGAAGCGCUCUGCGGACUUCCAGAAAGACCUUGACAAUCGCGUCAAUGAGAGAGAUGAUAUGAGAGAUAGGAUCGAAGAAGUCAACUCGACGAAGAAGGAUCUCCUUGAAAACAUGGAAGCCCUGAAGCGCGAGUUUCUGGACGAGAGAAUCUCCUUGGAGAAUGAGAUCAAGACGCUCAAGGCCCGGCUGGAGGAUACGGAGGAAGAGAUGGAUCAUUUUGGGGAAUCUCGGGAGAACGAAAAGGCCAAUUUCGACGAGAAAAUCCAAGCCCUCGAGGCGGAGAUUGAGCGGGCCAACAAGGAACGGAAGGAUGAUAUGCUCAAGUCCCAGGGCCAGGUUGAAUUCUUACGCAAAGAGACGCAGAUGCAACGGGAUCAGCUUGAUGCCUCCGAGCGAAGACUUCGCUCUGUACGCGAAGAGGCCCGACUUACAUCCAAGAAGCUCGAGUCAGUGGAAGAGAACAAGGCCAUGCCAACUGACGAGGCUGAUUUGACCGAAGCUCUCAUCUCCAAUGCCGCCGAUAUCGUCGAGAAGGUGCGGAAUUCUGGAAGCACCGCUUCGCUCUUACGAUCUGAGCUUGACAAGGCGACCAACUCAGCCAAGGAGCUUCGAGCCGAACUGACUCAGAUGAAGGAAAACCUCUCGUCGCAAGAGAUGUCUACGAUGCACGCUCGUGAGAACCUUGCCGAGGAAAAGGCCAAGGUAACCGCCUUGGAACGCGAAGUGACGGAGAGCAGGGAGGAGCUGAACCAGCUCCGAAGCCAGCUAUCCGAUGGUGAGACUGGAUCUGAGAUGCUCCGCAAGAAGCUCGAGAAAGAGGAGAAGAAGGUUACGGAGCUCUCAGAAGAGGUUGCCUGGCGACAGUCCCAGGUUGGCAGCCUUGAAGAAGAGUCCCGGCUCUUCAAGCAGAGAUUUGAAGAUGUCCAGUCGAAGCUAUCCGCGCUUAGCGCGCAAUACGAAGCGCGCGACGGACGAACCAAGGACUUAACACAGAGGCUCUACUCCCAGAAUGACCGUCUAACCAGACUUCUCGAGCGGGUAGGCUACUCCAUCAGUCGAGAUGCGGGCCAGAUGGUGAUCACGAGGGUGUCUCGAUCUGACAAGCUUGCUGUAAAUCCUAACGACUCUUCGGACCCCGGCUCUUCCCUCCGCCGAUCCCUUAGCCUAGGUGGUCGUGCCAUGACUGAUAGUUCCGACUUAGAGCUCCUCUACUGGGUUAGCAACGCAGACCCUACAGUUGAGGAUGAGAAAUACCAGGCCUUUAUGGAGAAGCUGGGCACGUUUGAUACCGACCUGUUUUCCGACACCAUAUAUCACAGAGUCAAGGAGGCAGAACACAAGGCGCGAAAAUGGCAACGGGAAGCUAGAUCAUACAGAGACCGGGCGCACAGCUUACAAAAGGACUCUCAUAACAAGAUUGCGUUUAGGAACUUCAAGGAGGGUGACCUGGCACUUUUCCUCCCAACUCGAAAUCAGCAGGCGGGAGCCUGGGCAGCCUUCAAUGUGGGAUUCCCGCACUAUUUCCUCCGCGAGCAAGACGGUCACCGACUUCGUCACCGAGAGUGGCUUGUUGCCCGAAUCUCCAAAAUCCAGGAGCGUGUCGUGGAUCUUUCCAAGAGCCUACAGCCAAGCAACGAGACCGACUCAAAUGACGAGGAGAAUGACAACCCCUUCCAACUGUCGGAUGGCUUGCGAUGGUAUCUCAUAGACGCCCAAGAGGACAAGAUAGGGGCACCCACAACGCCCGGGAUGGGUAAAUCAACCGUUGCCGCCAAUAACGUCGAGGCCACGGCUAAUAUUCAAUCCCACGCAGCCAAGGGGAAAGGGAGGAGUCGGGACAGUAUAGCGAGCAUCGAGGGUAUUAACAAGACUCUUUCCAAGAGCCUAGAGAGCCGUCGAAGCAGCUCGGGGUCUAAGAAAGCCCUCCCGUUCCACAUCAGUGGCGGAACAGCGCAUUUGAAGAACAACAGCGCGCUGGCGAGCGAGACCAACUCUCUUCGUGCCGCUCCUCCCGACACACCGACAGCCACAAGCCCGGUCCAGGGCAGUGUCCUCAGUGCUGCCAAUACCGAUGGUGGGCAACGAGGCGGCGAGCCGUCUGCGCAGGACAAGUCGGGAAAGGCCCCCGAGGUACGAGCCGUUGACUCUCUACUUGGGCCCUAG